CAAAGGAACACCUUUGCUGCCAAUACCCACAGCUCAGCAGGGUGGGGAAGCUAUCCCCAAAGGCCUUCCAGACUUUCCUCGAGUUGCUUGCUUCCGAGUUCACUGGUGAUGAGGAUGAAGCUAUUGACAACUUGGUGGAAUUCCUGGCCACAAAUGUGGAACGAAGUCCCAGGGAGUGCCUGCAGAGCUCAGCCAGGAGGGAAUGGCUGCACCAGAUCCAGCAAGCAGCUGAGACGAGCGGAGCAAGCCUGGAGCCAGUUUACAGCGCCGUCUUUAAGGCCCUCUCCCAGGAUGCAGAAGCCCAUGGGGAUAACAAGAAGAUCAGUGCCGCUAUUGCCCUUUUGGAGGAGAACCAGCUCUCACCAGAGCGGGGACAGCUUCUCCUGCGCUAUGUGGCGUGUACCGCAGACGAUGCUCCGUAUGUUCUAAACCAGGUACUUCACAGAGACACGAAAAGCGUAAGCUUUGCAGCUGUUGAAGAGGGAAAGGCAAUCCAUAUUCCAAGAGUUCACCUCCAUGGGAACAUCCACUUCUGGAACUAUGAUCGUCCAGAGGAGAAGAGAAAUGGUUCCCUCCUGGUACUGCCGUUGCAUGAUGCUCGCUGGAGAGUCUUUGGCAUUCUGGGACUGGACACUCUUCGGGACCAGUGUGAGAAAACCACCUUUCUGCCCCAGGAGAUCAGUUUCUAUCAGGGCGUUUCUCAGGCAUUCAGCAAAGCCUACCACCACGUCUGCAUGCUGGAAAAUGUUCUACAAGUGACGGUUACGGCUCUGGACUGGUUGUACCCCAGGGCACCCAGCAUCCACGCGGUUACUGCGUACCUGGUGGAGCCUGGCACAGACGAGAUGUGGGAGUACGCUCUGCGCAAGAUGAUUACUGCAGAUAGUACAGGACAAAAAGAAAUUCAUAGCUCUCCUGCUCUUCUCCUCAGGAAAGAAAACCCCUUGAGAGAUUACCUAUUUAAGUGCAUCGACAGUUCACAGGUCAUUCGCACUUCUGUCCAUGGAGAAUACCGCAUUGCGGUACCUCUCCGUGACCUAUCAGGGCAAACCCUUGGCAUAUAUGAUAUCAGCAUCGGACAUCACCAGAAAUUACCACCCCAUGAACACAAAGACCUGCAGAAAAUGCUCAAGACGGCCCAAGCUGCCUGCUCCGAGAUCCUGAAGAU